AUGUUGCAGCAUCGCACUGAAGAAAUCAAUGUGGACCUUGACACCGACAAUGCGAUUUCCGUGGAUAUUUCUGAUGCGCUGUCAGAAAGAGAUAAGGUCAAAUACACAGUGCACACAAAGACUCGUCUCCCUGGGAUGCGUCCGGAGACUUCUGUUGUGCGUGAACAUGAGGAGUUUCUGUGGCUUCACAGCGUUUUGGACGAAAACGAAAGUUAUGCCGGGUUUAUUGUCCCACCAGCUCCACCCCAUCCAGAUUUCGACUCUUCCCGCGAGAAACUGCAAAAACUCGGAGAAGGAGAAGCGACAAUGACAAAGGAGGAGUUCUUGAAGAUGAAACAAGAGCUUGAACAGGAUUAUCUGGCCCAAUUCAAGAAAACUGUGGCCAUGCACGAAGUAUUCCUACAAAGAAUUGCCGCCCAUCCAGUGUUCCGUCAAGACACAAACUUUAGGAUCUUCUUGCAGUACGAGGAUGAGCUCACCGGACGUUCUCCGAAUCCCCAUAACGCAUACAUAUUCGACGACGGUAGAUGUUCUGUCAGGCGUCUGAUACGUGAUGGCCUCAGCAAUUUCUUCCUGGACUGCGUUACUUGUCCUCGUUGUGGUGCUAAGAUGAGAGUCACGCAACGUCAUGGGAAAUAUAAAGGCGAAUCGCGUUCCUAUUGGACAUAUAGAUGUCUCGGAUGUCAGUCCUACCGCUCGCUUACAUCAGCACAAAAUCAGGCUCCAUCUUAUGGUUUGCCAAGAAUUGUGAUGUUUAACAAUCGCAAAGAAUUGAAGACUGACAUUAAGCCGUUGGCGGUGAAACGUCGUCCAUCAGAACUCACCCCAACGUCGAAACCCCCAACGCAUCCGCAAACAGAGGGUGGUUAUGUUAUUUACAUCCCGAGAGCCCUCACACCAGAACAAGUGAAAGUCGUGCGUUUAGCAUUCUUCAAGAUUCUCACCGAUCAGUAUGAUGAGGAAAGAGAUUUGCCUAUGCUGCGCCAGCUUCAGACAUCAGAAAAAGACACCGAUUCGAAGGCAGCAUACCAUGAACUCGACAAAUUUGUUGUCUAUCUAGAAAAAGGUAGGUUGUCAGUUCGAGGAAAGAACAAGAAAGAAGUAGUGGAGUCGCUUUGGAAGCGUUUUACUCAGUCCGCCGAUGAAGUUCUUCUAUCUGGACAGCGAGAUGUCGAUGACUUCUUCGAACAUGAACGUAAUUAUUUGGUGGAGUACAAUACUCAUAUAAAGGAUGCAGCGUCGAAAGCGGAGAAAGUGGUGAAAUUACGUAAAAGUUGCCGGCUCAGGAUUGCUCUUGUGGAUUACGCGGUGUCGCAUUUCAAGAUCAGGUGCUCUGCUGUGCCGGUGGCAUCGCAUAUCAAGAGCUUGAUUACAUUAUUAUUACUAUUAUUAUUAUUAUUAUUAUUAUUAUUAUUAUUAUUAUUAUUAUUAUUAUUAUUAUUAUUAUUAUUAUUAUUAUUAUUAUUAUUAUUACUUACAUUAUUAUUGCAACUUGCAUUAUUAUCAUUACUAUAUACUAGAGUAUUUUUUUAG